CAAACCAAACGUCUCCGUUUUCGGUUUGGUUUUUGGUUUUCAGUUUCGUAUUUUGUUCUCUCAUUUGUGAUGCUGUUAGUUUCCACCGAGAAAAGAAUCAAGUUUCUUCUGCUGUUUCUGUAAAUUAUUUCUCAAAUUCUGUAGAAUUGCUCACUUUUUUUGUACAACGAUAAAGAAACAACCCCCGAUCAUCAAAUUAACGAGAAAGGAAACCAUGGGUUCUGAACAGAAUGAAGGAACUAGCUUUCCACCAUCUGAGCCAAAGCUUUGCGCCAACGGAUGUGGGUUUUUCGGCACGACGGCGAAUAUGAACCUUUGUUCCAAGUGUUAUCGGGACAUCCGUGCCGGGGAGGAGCAAGCUGCGCAGGUGAAAGUUGCCAUGGAGAAGUCCCUCCGAGUCAAAACGAAGAAGGAAGAUGAAUUUGCGGAGACUUUGACGCCUGUUAUUGAGGUGACUUCUGUGGGUUCAUCAUCUUCGACCGUGGUCGAGCAACAACCUGCUACUGUUUUGGCCGAUGAAAAACCGACAGAGCCGAAGGCGGCGAACAGGUGCUCCGUCUGCAGAAAGAAAGUUGGAUUAACCGGUUUUAAGUGCAGGUGUGAAAGUACAUUCUGCGGCGAGCAUCGGUACCCGGAAAAACACGAGUGCUCCUUUGAUUUCAAGGGUGUUGGACGUGAGGCGAUUGCGAAGGCGAAUCCGAUCAUUAAAGCCGAUAAGUUGGGGAGGUUCUGAAAAAGAAAGUGUGGGAGUUUGGAGAUGGUUUUUGUGGUCGUUCCACUUGGUUGUUUAAUGGAUUUGGAAAAUUACCGGGGGUGUUUUGAUGUUGAGGGUAGUGUUUGAUUCCAUAAUAGCAAUGAAUAUUUAGUUUUCAGUUUUACUUCAA